AUGAUCAUUUACCAAUUUUACAACGCAAACGUGUUGUCAAGUCUCUUGAACGAGGAGUACAAUAAUAUACGAAACCUUAAAGAUUUGCUAGAAAGUGGCCUGAAGGUAGGAGUAGAAGACAUGUUGUUCAAUAAGGAUUACUUUAAGCGUACAACUGACCGUAUACCUUUAGAACUUUACAACAAGAAGAUAGUUCGAAACAAACAGAACAAUUUUUUUGAUGCCGAAUUCGGCAUGAGUUUGGUAAAGCGUGGUGGAUACGCCUUCCACGUCGACACCUCCGCUGCCUACCGUAUCAUGAGAAGGACAUUCAGCGAGAGGGAAAUAUGUGAAGUGAAUGCGGUCACACUGUUUCCACCGCAGUAUGUGGGCGCGGUUGCAAAGAAAGGCUCCCAGUACAAGGAAUACAUCGCUAUUGGUGUAAGCAAGAUGCUGGAAUCAGGACUAAUGAACAGAAUUAAGUCGAUUUGGGAUAGCAGAAAACCGCCGUGCGUGAAAAUGCGAUAUAGUAGUAUCAUAUCUGUGAACAUUCGAGAAUUUUCUAUGGCACUUCUGUUUCUGAUGUGUGGUUUCACGAUCGCCAUUAUUAUUUUGCUAUGUGAGAUCUAUACAAUUAAAAUAAAAAGAGAAAAACGUUCCAAAAUAAAAUUUUACCGUCGAAAGUUACCCAGCGAACAAUUUAAAAUGUAUAAAACUAAACGAAUAAAGAAAAACCGUGUCCUUUGCUUAGACCAACGAACGGUCUAA